CUCUGUCUGACACGCAAUGCUGUUGGCAAAUAUGAAGAUUUAUAAAAUGAGGUUUAUAAUUCCACACAAUAACAACUACUGACUAACGGUGCACAUACCAGCAAAAGAGAUCACACCUGAUCAUACACACGUCUAUUUUAUUACUCUUUAAUAAUAGUAAAAUAUGGAUCAAUCUAAUUCUGACCAACCUGAUGGAUCAUUGCAAUUCCAUGAAAGUAAAACCCAGAUAAGGAGAUCAGACUCAUCAGUAUCCAGCUGUGUGUCUAUGAAGAGUGAUGAAUCUAUCUAUUUACCCCCAACAUUUAAAGAGGGGUGUGAAUCCACAGCAAAAGAGGGGUUUAACUCUGUAGCCACUGAUCCUGAUCUUAAGGAGAAAUGCAAAUUAACUCUGAUAAAGAAGUUUCAGCAUGUAAAUGAGGUGAUAACAAACCAGGGAAACCCAACACUUCUCAAUGACAUCUAUACAGAGCUCUUCAUUACAAAAGGAGACAGUGGGAAAGUCAAUAAUGAACAUGAGGUGAGACAGAUUGAGGCAGCAUCCAGGAGAGCAGCAACAGAGGAAACACCAAUCAAAUGCAGUGAGAUCUUUAAGCCCUUAUCUGAAGAAGACAAACCCAUCAGGAGCGUUCUGACAAAGGGAGUCGCUGGCAUUGGAAAAACAGUCUCUGUGCAGAAAUUCAUUCUAGACUGGGCUGAAGGGAAAACAAAUCAGGAUGUUCAUCUCAUAUUUCCACUUCCUUUCAGAGAGCUCAAUUUGAUGAAGGAUCAAAAACUCAGUCUAAGAGAGUUCCUUCAUUUCUUUUUAAAAGAGAUAAAAGAAAUAAACAUUUCCAGCUUGGAAAAAGUUCUGUUCAUUUUUGAUGGAUUGGAUGAGUGUCGUUUCCCUCUGGAUUUUCAGAACACAGUGAGUGUGUGUGAUGUAACUGAAACAGCAUUAGUGCCUGUGCUACUGAUAAACCUAAUCAAAGGGAAUCUGCUUCCCUCUGCUCUCAUCUGGAUCACCUCCAGACCAGCAGCAGCAGAUCAAAUCCCCUCUGAGUGUGUUGAUCGAGUCACAGAGGUACAAGGGUUCAAUGACCAACAGAAGGAUGAAUAUUUCUGGAAAAGGAUCAGUGAUCAAAGCCUGAGCAACAGAAUCAUCACACACCUGAAGUCAUUAAGAAGCCUCUACAUCAUGUGCCACAUCCCAGUCUUCUGCUGGAUUUCAGCCACUGUUUUAGAGAAAAUGUUGGGUGAAGCAGAGAGUCGAGAAAUCCCUAAGACACUGACUCAAAUGUACACACACUUCCUCAUCAUUCAGACAAACAUCAUGAAGAAAAAGUACCCAAAGAGCACAGAGGUAGAUAAAGAAAUGGUUCUGAAACUGGGGAAACUAGCUUUUGAGCAGCUGAUGAAAGGAAACCUGAUCUUCUAUGAGGAAGACCUGAAGGAGUGUGGCAUUGAUGUAAAAGAAACAACAGUGUAUUCAGGUGUAUGUACACAGAUCUUCAGAGAGGAUUGUGAGCUUCACCAGAGUAAAGUAUACUGCUUUGUUCAUCUGAGCAUUCAGGAACAUCUCGCAGCUCUGUAUGUGCACCUGACCUUUAUGAAUGAAAAUAAAAAUGUUCUUCAGCAAAGUUGGUUUUCUAUAAUCUGGAUUCUAAUUACAAGUCUGUUUUCUAAAAUUGGGAUGCCAUUCAAAAAAUGUACAAUGUCAGAUGUACACAAGAGUGCUGUAGAUUGGGUUUUACAGAGUGAAAAUGGACAUCUUGAUCUUUUCCUCCGCUUUCUUCUGGGUCUCUCACUGGAGUCCAAUCAGAUACUUUUACAAACCAUAACGAGACAGACAAGAAGAAGCUCCCACAGUCACCAAGAAACAGUUAAUUACAUCAAGGAGAAGAUCAGAGAGAAUCCCUCAACAGAGAAAUCCAUCAAUCUGUUCCAUUGUCUGAAUGAACUGGAGGAUCAUUCUCUAGUUAAGGAAAUCCAACAAUACCUACAAUCUGGGAAUUUACAACAAAGCAAUCUUACUCCUUCUCAGUGGUCAGCGGUGGUGUUUAUGUUACUGACAUCAGGGCAUGAAAAAGACAUGUUUGUCCUUAAGAAAUAUACCAACAAACAGUGUAAAUCAGAUGAGGUUCUUCUGAAGCUCCUGCCUGUGGUUGAAGCAUCCAGAAAAGCUGAGUUUUGUGACUGUGGUAUGACAAAUGAAGGUUGUGUUGUUCUGACUUUAGCUCUAAGAUCAAACCGCUCACACCUGAGAGAACUGGAUCUGUCUAGGAAUGAAAUCAGGGACUCAGGAAUGAUGAGUCUUUCGGCUGUACUGGAGAAUUCUUACUGUAAACUGGAGACACUGAGGUUGUUUUAUUGUAGUAUCACAGAUGAAGGCUGUGCUGCUCUGACUUCAGCUCUAAGAUCGAACCCCUCACACCUGAGAGAACUGGAUCUCUCUGAGAAUAAACUCAAAGAUUCAGGAGUAAAUUGUCUCUCUUCAGUACUGGAGAAUUUUCACUGUAAGCUGGAAACACUGAGGUUGUUUAAUUGUAGUAUCACAGAUGAAGGCUGUGCUGCUCUGACUUCAGCUCUGAAUUCAAACCCCUCACACCUGAGAGAACUGGAUCUCUCUGAGAAUAAACUCAAAGAUUCAGGAGUGAAUUGUCUCUCUGCUGUACUAAAGAAUCCUCACUGUAAACUGGAAACACUGAGGUUGUGUGAUUGUGAUAUCUCAGAUAAAGGCUGUGUUGCUCUGAGUUCAGCUCUGAGCUCAAACCCCUCACACCUGAGAGAACUGGAUCUGUCUGAUAAUAAACUCGAAGACUCAGGAGUGAAGAGUCUCUCUGCUGCAUUAGAGAAUCCUCACUUUAAACUGGAAACACUGAGGUUGUCUGAUUGUGAUAUUUCAGAUGAAGAAUGUCCUUCUCUGACUUCAGCUCUAAGUUCAAACCUCUCAUACCUGAGAAAACUGGAUCUGUCUGUGAAUAACCUCAAAGAUUUAGGCGUGGAGUGUCUCUCAGCUAUACUGAGUAAUCCUCUUUGUGAACUGGAGAUACUGAGGUUGUGUAAUUGUGAUAUCUCAGAUGAAGGCUGUGCUGCUCUGACUUCAGCUCUGGGAUCAAACCCCUCACACUUGAGAGAACUAGAUCUGACUGGGAAUAAACUCAGAGACUCAGGGGUGAAGAGUCUCUCUGCGGUACUGCAGAAUACUCAAUGUAAAUUGGAGACACUGAGGCUGUAUGGGUGUGCUAUCUUAGAUGAAGGCUGUGCUUCUCUAGAUCUAGCUCUGAGAUCAAACCCCUCACACCUAAGAGUACUGGAUCUGGGUUGGAAUAAACUCAGAGACUCAGGAGUGAAGCAUCUCUCUGUUCUACUGGAGAAUCCUCACAGUAAACUGGAAUCACUAAGGUUAAAGCAUUGUGAUAUCUCAGAUGAAGGCUGUGCUGCUCUGACUUCAGCUCUGAGAUUAAACCCCUCACACCUUAGAGAACUGGAUCUGACUUGGAAUGAACUCAGAGACUCAGGAGUGAAGUGUCUCUGUGCUGUACUGGAGAAUCCUCACUGUAAACUGGAGACACUGAGGUUGUAUGAAUGUGAUUUCUCAGAUGAAGGCUGUGCUGCUCUGACUUCAGCUCUGAGAUCAAAUCCCUCACACCUGAGAGAACUGGAUCUAUCUGGGAAUAAAAUCACAAACCCAGAAAUGAAGCAGCUCUGCAGUCUUAAUCUACAAGACCUGAGGAUAAUUACUGAUGGGCAUGAAUCAUUCUGAUGCAGAGAAGAUAUUUUUAUUGACACAUGCUCGAUGGACUUUAUGGACUUUAUGGAGAAUGAAAAACAUUUUGGUCGCUUCCAUUACAAUAUACAUUUCCAUGAAAAUUUUUCAUGAAUUGUGUUUUUUAAGUCAGUUUUAAAAUUUCAGUUGACCCUAAAACCAAAGUGUUUUUCCCUGUGAUAAAUUGUUUGUUUGAUCACAUAGAAGAGGUCAUUUUUAAUGAGCUGAUUUACAAUUUUGGACAUGGCAGUCCGAACAUAUAUUUACUUGUUUUGUUUUUUUCCUAUAUGAUAUUUGCUUGUUUUGGAGUUACAGAUGUUAACCAUUCACAAAAAGAUGUUUGUGUAUAUUAGAGAAAGUGUGCAGUUAGUGACCUCUACUGGAAUCUUAACCAGAACUUGAGUCCUGCCGUGAUGUCUGGAUCCUCUACAAUAUUACUAUGGAAUUGUAGCAGGAUGUGGUUGGUGGUCAUACUACAUAGGAAAUUAAUUAUUCAAAGUUGUGUUUUUUUUUCAUAUAUCUUUAACAAUCAAACUAUAAUUAUUAAUGUAAUGCUAAAUCUUUUUUUUUUUAUCUAAUAUAAUUCCCCCUUAUGAUGUGGUAUUAAUUUAGGAAAUUACUUUUUACCAACCAUUUUUACCAAAUAUAUAUUUCAUGUUGUUUUUCCACUGGGAUACAAAUGUUUAAAGAAUAAAAAUGUUUGUA